AUGUCUCUCUUUAAGACCCUCCAAAACGCACCUGCUACUAUAAGCAUUUUCCACAACAAGAAGAUCCCUAAUCUGACUCUAUUGUACUCCAUACUCGAUAAAGCAUCAGCCAAAAUUAAUGCGGACAAGGAGAAAUUCCAAGUGGAUGUGAUGAUCAACAAGAUGCCCACGUACGAUCAAUUUUCGUUCAUCAUCAAUUCAUGUCUCAAGGAUGAUAAGAGUAAACUGUUCUUGAAGAAUGCAUUCCCAUUGGUUUCUCCUAAGCAAUCGUCCGGUGGCGAGAAGCUGAGAAUCACCCAGAUUCCCCCUAUCCAAUUGCAAGGGAAGAACUGGAAAACUUUUAGCGAGGGUGAAUAUGCAAUUGUCUACGAGGCAUUCCAGAGUUUGGUCGAUGACCUUGAGGCGCACCCUGAGCACGAUCCCAGUGAAAUAUUUAAGGCUCCGUUGCUUGUUGACUGGGAUCAAAGUCUUAUUGCUGGCGAUGAGAGCUCGUUAGAGGAGAUCUUAGCAAAGUAUAAAUAG